AUGGAGAUUUCACUUGAAGAUGACAACGACAUCUCGUCGCCCCACUUUCAGUAUGAGGGAGCUCACAAGGCGUUCAGGGAUCGCUGGGAAAAGACGGACGAGACGAUGUGUCGCCACAGCAUGUCCUUCCACUUGCACCACACCAUGAGGACCGACUUCUUUGUCAGCUACCUCUACCUGUUGGAGAAAAUCCCUCUUGUGAAACUGUUUCCUGUCACCUGCGAGUACAUCGAGGGAGAGAAACAGUUCUACUACAGAGCUCAGCAGUUUUACGAGGAUGUCCCCGCCUCAGAGGAGGGAAUGAUGGGAGACUUUGUCGAGAUAUCCAAUGUGGAUCUAGAGGGUUCCCGCCAGUUUCUAAAGAAGUUUGUGGGUCCUGGUAAGGCCGGCACGCACUGCGCUCUGGACUGUGGCUCUGGUAUCGGCCGUGUGACCAAAGGUGUCCUCCUUCCUGUCUUUGACACAAUGGAGAUGGCGGACAUGAUGGAGCACUUCCUCCUCCACGCACACGAGGAGUACCUGGGGGAUGACGCGGACCGCAUUGAGACCUACUACUGCUACAACCUGCAGGAAUUCACCCCCCCGAAAAAUAAGUACGAUGUCAUCUGGAUGCAGUGGGUGGCAUGCCAUCUGACGGACAAAGACCUGAUGAACUUCCUCAUCCGCUGCAAGAAGAGUUUGCGUUCAAACGGCGUCAUUAUCAUGAAAGACAAUAUGGCACGACAGGGCUGCAAGUUGGACCCCAUCGACAGCAGCAUCAGUCGGCACCUGGACAUCAUGAAGUGCAUCAUUCACAAGGCCGGCUUGGAGGUGCUGGCUGUCGAGAGGCAGGAGGGCUUUCCUGAGGUCAUCAUGCCCGUCUGGAUGAUUGCAAUGAAGUAG